GGGGCUCCCCCGCCCUGCUCCGGCCCGGCCCGGCCCGCCCUCGGCGCCGUUUCCAGCCGGCGGCGUUUGGCGGGAGCACGGCGGGAGCUGCGAGGAGGCGGCGGGAGCGGCGGCGGGAGCGGCGGCGGGAUGUCAGUUAAGAGAGCAUUAAAGUUGGACACUGUCAAAAAAGAUAAUCCAUCUGAUGCAACACCUCAGAAGGUCAAAAAGAAAAACCUGAAUUCUUACUCCCCAACAACAGGAACAUGCCAGAUGAGUCCCUUUUCAUCCCCUGUGAGCCACAAUGAACAAAACCCCAGGAACCCCCCAGCAAAAGGAGGUGGGAGAGAGCAGAGCAAUUCCGACACUGGAUUAUCCAGGAGAGGGCAGCCUCCAACAGAGCAGGAUGGGUUCCUGAAACUGCAGUCCCAAGUGAGAAGUUCAUUGACCAGAAUUCUGAAAAUAAGAGCAAAUCUCACAAGCCUCCAGGCUUUGGAGGGCAGCAGAGAGCUGGAAAAUAUCCUCGGUGUCUCGGACUCCUCUCGUGCCCUGAGUGCUGAAGUGCAGAAAACCCAAACACUGCUGAGUCAAGCAGAAGAGCUGCAGCUGUUGAAAGCAAACCAUGGAAAACUCCCCGCCCCAGGGUACAUCCAGACUGUUGGGAGCACCGAGUUUCUGAACUCACUCCUGGAACAAAGCAAGGAGCCCCUGGGCCUGCUCCCUGCCCUCCCCAGCACCCAGGCACUGGCACAGAGACCAGGAAUGUGACCAGGAUACAGGCAUUAUGUGAAAAAUGCAUUCCACAUCACCCCAAACUUCUACAUCUGCUGGACUGGACUUAAAAGGAGCGAAGAACUGAGUGUAAACCAAUCUCCCCCCAGUCCCGGUGCGGGAGCGUCGCUGGCCAGGCAGGUGCAGUCACAUAACAUUCCUGGCGUCCAUUUAAACUGAACAAUGUGCACAACCACAUCAUCCCAGUGGAUAAAUAAUCCACCAUGCUGGGAGCUGGAGCUGCUGCUGCUGCCUGGGAAAUAAACUGUAGGUUCUGCAGGUUCUUUUCUAACACGGGGUGGGCUCUAAAGCCGGAGGAAGCUUUGCAGUGCAAGGAAUUAUUCCAUGUUUCAGCUGUUGAGAAACACUUUCCCUGUUGGUGCUGCCACACUUGGGGAAGUUUGUCAUCCACAACCAGGUUUCCUCUAAACUCAACCCAAGCCAUGGCCUCAUCUUCAAACCCAGCAUUAACGCACAUGCUCUAGGAACAUUUGCUUUUCAGGUCAACAUUUUAGUUUAGUUUUGGUAUUUAAUGAUGUAAGAGCAGAGUUGUUUUAUAUAAACCAGCUGCUUCUCUUUUUUCCACCCCUCCAGCCUAGGGAAUCCCCAACAUCCCAAAUCCUUUCAUUAGGUUGGAAGAGUGCAGUAUAAUGAUCUAUACUUUCUCAAGUUCAACAUAAACACCCACUUGAAUGUCCUUUUUACUCCUGCAAAGUCCAGCUCCUCAAAUAAACUGAUUUUUAUGACUAAAACUCUGAGCACUAAAAUGAUGAACAUGUUCCACACGCUCAAGCUUUGGGAGUUUUUAGUUAAUAAAAAUGUUUUUGCACCUCACUACCUGUGCAGUCCAACUGGCAAAAACAUUAGUAACUGGUGGAAGGGAAUUGGGACAGCUUUUCUCCCUUCCACACCAGUCUCUGUCAGGCUCUCAGAGCUGUGGGUUGUUGUUCUGUGUGUAAGGGGCACCAACCCGUUGCUCUGUAGCAGGAGGGGAGGAUACUGAACCAGCGAGAGUUUAUGUAACCUGACUGUAACCUCUGGAGCUGGAAAUUAAAUAAUUAUUGAUCUGAGAAGAGCCUG